AUGAGCUUCUUGGUGGGGGAAGAAGACACCAUCUCGUCGCUGGAGGAGUUGGUGACGUUCAUCGACGCGUGGGAUGCCGACAGCAGCCGCAGCCUCGGUGACGUCACUACGAGUGAGAGCGAGAAUGACAGCUCGCCUUUCAGCAACGAUGACGUGGAAUCCAUGCUGCUCGACUCGCUUGACGAUGUACUAGAGAAGGCAAGUUUCUUACCCGAUAAACAACCGGAGGCGAAGAAAGCUGUGAAAAGGAGCAGGAAGAAAGCCCCAGGCGCUUCUACACGACUGCAGCGUCGCAAGAAGGCGGAGAUCUUGGCACUGCGGGCUCAAAGCCACGAAUUACAGAGGGAGUUGGAGCAACUACAGCGAGUUCAUGCUCGAUCAAGUGCUUCGGUGAGCUUGGUGGAUACCUCGCUUCAAAGUGGUGUAGUGCCAAUUUCAUGGUAUGCAAUUGCUGCCACGGAAUACCAAGAGCGGCUCAAGUCGGAGAUAAUGAACCAGAAGUUGCGAUAUGUGCUCCUGGAGCAGAUGAAGAUGAAUACGGCGCUGCGAGGCGUUUUCCAGACACAGACUUCACUUGGAAACUUCGAGUCUGUCCUCGGAAGACAGCCUUCCCCAUCCGAUCAACACCCGUCACCUGAACCAGAAUGCUCUUAUGCUGUCAUAGACGGGCUGGAGAAGAUGGCUGAAGGGCUGUAUCUCGAUUCUGAAGCGGUGUUUCAGCACAAUGAGGGCCUCUUCACUGACAACAGCCUACAAGUCAAGCAAGACCAAACGCGCGGCAGGGUGGUCGAGAUCGCCAUGACGACGGCAAUGCCGUGCUCGGUGCAGGAGGCAAGCGAGAUGUUCUGGCGAGAAUACCUCACUGUUCGCCACUACAACGACAAGUCGUACCACUUCGUAAGUCAAUCUGAAGUUGCUGUCUUGAUGCGCAAUUGCUAA